AGUCAACAUCUGGUGCACUCGGCUUCAGCCCGUCAGCGAGGGUCGAGUACUGCAGUCGGCUGUUUGCUGUUUCUGUACUGUUUAAAAGUGGCAUGAGAAGUUGGAGCCUUUUUAUGUCUAACGUCAGUGGCACAACAAGAUGACUUUGGCUUUCAAAAGACAAACUUUUCCAUACCUGAAACUCGACGUCGGCUCAGCUAGCACACCUGGAUCUGUCACGACGCCUCAGAGGAUUGACUUGUUUAAAUAUUUAAAUUGUAGUAUAUAAUGCUUUAAAGCGCACACGGGACAGAAGCUGCUUUGUCUACAUUCAGUUGAUAUUGUCCUAAUUCUUUGUCAUUAACUAUGGUUGGUGGAGGAAGUGCUGAUCUGGUCCCAACAGCCGCUGUCAAGAUCUUUUCAGCCGGAGCAGCUGGCUGUGUGGCCGAGCUGGUCACUUUACCUCUGGACACAGCCAAAGUCAGACUGCAGAUUCAAGGUGAAUCCAAGCCGUCAUUGAAAGGCCAGAGGAUGAAAUACAGAGGUGUGUUCGGCACCAUCUUCACCAUGGUGAAAACGGAGGGCCCGAGGAGUCUGUACAGCGGACUGGUGGCAGGGCUGCACAGACAGAUGGGCUUCGCCUCAGUCCGCAUCGGCCUGUACGACACCAUGAAGCAGUUCUACACCAGAGGCUCAGAAAAUGCAGGAAUCGGGACUCGGCUGCUGGCGGGCUGCACCACCGGAGCGAUGGCGGUGGCCUUUGCGCAGCCCACUGAUGUGGUGAAAGUCAGGUUCCAGGCUCAGGUCCGCCUGCCUGAGAGCAACUCUGUGAAGAGAUACAGCAGCACUUUUGAUGCCUACAAGACCAUCGCCAGGGAUGAGGGCAUUAGAGGGCUCUGGAAAGGUUGUCUGCCAAAUAUAACUCGUAUUGCCAUCGUAAACUGCUCCGAGCUGGUGACAUAUGACAUCAUUAAGGAGCUCAUCCUCAAGUAUAACCUGAUGACCGACAAUAUGCCGUGUCACUUCACAGCAGGCUUCGCAGCAGGUUUCUGCACCACCAUCGUAGCAUCUCCGGUGGAUGUGGUGAAAACACGCUUCAUGAAUUCAGCGCCUGGGAUGUACAGCGGUGCUAUCAACUGUGCAUUAACCAUGCUGAGGAAAGAGGGACCCACAGCUUUCUAUAAGGGAUUUGUGCCUUCCUUUCUUCGCCUGGGUUCCUGGAACAUUGUGAUGUUCAUGAGCUACGAGCAGAUUAAGAGAGCUGUCAUGAGAUUUCAACAGUCCCGGGACUCUCCGCUCUGACCUGUCUGGCAGAUGGUUUGUCACUGGAUUGGUGUUAUUGUUGUAGCAAAGCUAGGACUGUCUGUACCACACUGUCUCUCCUACGUGUAGGAGAGACAGUGUGGUUAGACUGCUGCUGGUCUGGACCUGUUCUGCCUCAGGGAUUAAAUUGCAUAUUUAAUUAAAGAAGCCUAUCUCAAAGGAAAAGCUGCAGGGAUGAUUAAUAUUGAAUUGUUACCGACUUGCACACAAUGGCCUUUUUCACAGAAAAGUGUGAAUGAUAAAAAAUUAUGGAAAGACAAAAAACUCCAUGGUGCUCAGGAAGUUUAGUCAGAUGUUUGAAGGUGCUCUUUGGGG